GAACAAGUGUUUGAGGUAUUUUGUUUUUCUUAAAGAAAUGAAUAUUCAAAGUCUGCUGUGAGGACUCGCUUAGUUUCAGAAUUCUCAUCGUUUUCAAAUGGCUCAUGCUUUGGAAACUGAUCCGAUCAAUAAACUUGAAGAAACUCUACAAUGUACUGUUUGUCUGGAGCCGCUAAAAGACCCGAGAACUCUUCCUUGCUUCCACUCAUUCUGUAAAGAUUGUUUGGAAGACGUUGUGAAAACAUGUCGUGAUAAAGCACCUCGCGGUCGACCAGUUCGAGAGUUUCCAUGUCCAUAUUGUCGAGAGAUGUUUACACUUGAUCCUGACAAAAAUGUCGCCGACAUGAGAAAAAAUCAUUUCAUCUGCAACAUGGUAAAUGCGACAGCCGUACUCAACCGAGAUCGUAAAUUUGGCGUUCCGUGUUCACAUAAUUGUAGUCAAAGCUACUCAGUCGCUCGCUGUGUCACUUGUGAGAAAUUCUUAUGUCGGGAAUGUCUGACAGAUCACAACAAAUAUCGAGGACACACUGGUCAUUCUGUUCUGACGAUGGAAGAGUUGUCAAAGCCGGAGAAUCGUAAGAAAAUCAAUGACAAAAUGUAUUGCAAUGAACAUCAGGGGAAAAAACUUAAAGUUUAUUGUGAAACCUGCGACCAGCUGAUUUGCAAGGACUGCAUGGAUUUUAAACACGUGAAGGAAAAUCAUUCAUGUUUUCUUGUUAAAGAUGUGGCCAACAAAUACAAGGAACUGCUCACUUCUAAUAAUAAAAUAAUGAAUGAAGUUUUAGCUAAGAAUAUUUACUCUCUUCAGAAAUUGUUGCGAACAACAGAAGGACUUGAACGCGAUGCAGAAUAUGCCAAAACUAAAAUUACCCAACGAAAAGAGUUCAUUUUGAAGAAUGUCGUUGAAAUGUUGGAUCAAAAAACAAAAACACUUUUUAACAAAGUAGAAAAUGUUCGCGCAAAUACACGAACAAAGUUAGACAAACAAACUAAAGAAACAAAAGAGUAUGUAGAAAACUUACAAAGAUCUGUUCAUCUUUCGAACAAACUGCUCGAGCAAGGCACUGAUGAAGAAAUAUUAUCCUCUCAGAAGAUAAUCCUGGAAAACGCAAAUAAUCUGAGAAAACGCCUUGCAGAUUUAAACAAAACAAUUCCUGUUUCAGAAUUUAACUACACUCCCCGCGAUAAUAAAGAACCAUUACAUAAAGGAUUUAUGAGAGAGCUGGAAACAUGUUUAGGAGAGGUGAAUGAAAAGAAUCCACAAACAGGUAUAGAACACCCCGCGAUCACAAAAAUACCAGCAGAUUUUGAAUUUGAGAAAAAGAUUUUGGUGACUGGAAUUCCUGAAGGAGUGACUGAAAACCAGGUCUAUAUUCACUUUCAAAAGAAAAAAAAUGGUGGAGGUGAAAUUGAAAGAUUUACAUUAAUUAGCGGACGAAAGGCAAUAAUUGCCUUUGCAGACCCAGAAGUUGCUACAGCAGUGGCCAACAAAAAGCAUAUCAUCUAUGGAAAUGCCUUGGAGGUGAAACUUCUCCCGGCUGAUACAAAAUCAAGGAUGGAAACAUCUCAACUGAGAAACAUCUCAACUGAGAAAGAAGCACGAACAAUCUUGGUCUCUGGUCUUCCAGGAGACGUGACGGAAAGCAGCGUUCACAUUCAUUUUCAAAAGAAGAAAAAUAGAGGAGGAGAAAUUGAAGAAAUUACAUUAUUACCAGGAGGAAAAGCAUUUGUGGUAUUUGAGGAUCCUGAAGUGGCAAAGAUGGUUGUAGAAAGGGAACAAAUAUUCAAAGGGAAUUUAUUGAAGGUGAAUCUUGUGGAAAAAGAAACAUUUGAAGAUAACGUGGAAAAAUUGACGACAGAUGAAAGUUCAAGAGGGAAGGAAGCGCGGACGAUCACGGUUUUUGGACUACCUGAAGACGCUACGGAAAAAGGUCUUCACAUUCAUUUUCAAAGGAAGAAAAAUGGAGGAGGUGAAAUUGAAGAGGUUACGUUAUUACCAGGAGGAAAAGCAAUGGUUGUCUUUGAGGAUCCUGAAGCGGCCACGACAGUCGUCAAUACUGAGCAAAUAUUCAAAGGAAACGUGUUCAAGGUGAAAGGAAAAGGAAAAAGUACAUUAAAUAAAGCGGCAGAAAAAUUACCAGAAUAUGAAACUUCAGGAGGGAAGGAAGCGCGGACGAUCACGGUUUUUGGACUACCUGAAGACGCUACGGAAAAAAGAUCUUUUCAUUCAUUUUCAAAAAAAGAAAAAUGGAGUGGCAAAAAUGGUUGUUAAUACACCACAGAUGAUUAGAGGAAAUCUUCUGGAUGUUAAACUUAUUGAAAUGGCUGCAAAUGAGGUUGUAGAAAUAUCAGCUCCAUGAAGAACUCAGCUACCAGAAAUUGGAAUGAAGCAUAUCAAAGCAUUUAUAUAGACGAAGAUUGUGAAAGGAAUGAACCAAGGAAACCUUUCCAGCAAAAGGAUAAAAAUAGUCUUAAAGUCUUCUUGGGCAAAGAGACAUUAAGUUCAUGGAAGAAAGUUCAAUGAACACCAAAAGGUGAAGUAGAAGAAAACAAGAAUUAUUAACAAGGAAUAUUCCUCCGUUCUACAACAAAGUGUGUUAGUAGCUGUUUAUAUUUUUUGUGUAAGCGUAGGUACAAUUUUUUGUGAUUAAAUAUAUUCUUUUGUAAAGAUAGAUGCAAAAUUGCAAAUGGUACGAAUUCCUAGAAAAAUGUUGCUUGAAGCAGAGAAACAUUUUGUCUAAACUGACUCUCUAAGGGUCACUCGUAUUGGUGCAAUGAAUAAGCACCUAUCAAAGAAUCUGU